AACUUACGUUUUCAUUUAAUAACGAAUGAGUUUCUAAUAUUAGUUUUAAUCUGAGGUGCGGAUUAUCGAUACCGUCUCGAAUAUUUGUAGUUACUGUGAGCAAUGAAGUACCGGUGUUAUUUUAUACCUUCUUACUGCUAAUUUGAGUUUUGAAGUAGAAUAUUGUACUAGUUAUUAGGAAGAACGAAAUUAUUCGAGAUUCCUGUGGGCGUAGAUGUUGGCAAAUGACAGCUAGUGGAGGUGACAGUUUACUGGGGGAUUCCCUUUGCAGUUAACCAUAUAUCCUGGCAAACAAGGUGAAUUACAAUGGGGGAAACAGAUGGUGAGCAGUUUUCUUUACGGUGGAACAACUUCCAUAAUAACUUGACAGCUGGAUUUCAUGCGCUUCUGCAGGAAGAAGAUCUGGUUGAUGUCACACUUGCUGCUGGUGGGCAGUUUGUACAUGCACAUAAAAUUGUCCUUUCAGUGUGCAGUCCAUAUUUCAAGGAACUUUUUAAAGUGAAUCCCUGCAAGCAUCCUAUAGUGAUCUUGAAGGAUGUAGGUCACAAGGAACUGGUGGCUAUCUUACAGUUUAUGUACCAGGGAGAAGUCAAUGUACAGCAAGAAGACCUGGCUACUUUCCUCAAGACAGCAGAAUUGCUGCAGAUCAAGGGACUUACUGAAAAUGACUCACCAGCAACAAAUACACCACCAUCAGUGCCUGACACAUCAGAAACAACACCCGCAUCAAGGACAACACAACCGUCGCUACCUGAACCACCUGUGGUGCAAUCUGAAGAUACCCCAGUGCAUCCCUACAAACGGAUGCGUUCUGAAACACCUGCACCUUCGUCAACAUCAGUAUCAAGUCCAUGUACAGUGAAUGAAGACACGGGUGGUGUAGAGAUUGUGGAAAUGUCAAAACCAAAAAUAGAACCAGUAGAUUAUGAAUCAGAUUUAGAGGAAGUGGGCAGGUUGCCUAGUCAUGAUGACCCUUUGGCACAGUUGCUGGGAGGGGAGAGUAGCAGUCAUUCUCAUCAAGACUCUGCGCAAGGGACAGUGCCAAUAUUUGCAUCAAUACCAGGUCUCUCACAAGAUUCGGGUAGUUCACAGGAUGGCGGACAAGAUAUUGCAAGAUACCUGAGGAGUCCAAAAGGAGCUCACCAGUUGGUGCACAAUGGCUACAUCUAUACCCGAGACCGAAUAUUCAGAGAUACAGACUUUUGGCGUUGCUGUGAAAAUAACCGUUUAAGGUGCCGUGGUCGUUGCAAAACAGUUUGUGGACUUGUGACUGUCACUGCUGAACAUAAUCAUAUGCCACAGAAUGAGAAGAUCCGCUUGAAAGCUUUCAUGGCUGAUGUGAAGGAACGACUAGCUAAAGGGGAGGAAAGUGCUGAUGAAAUAUUUGCCUCCCUGCCAAGUGACAUUUUGGAAACUUAUGAUAUGUCUUCGUUGAAACAGAGCUUAAUGCGCUCUCAUAGGCUGUUGAGAGUUAGAGAGAUAUUUGCAAAGAAACCAGCAAGAAGUGUACAACUCCCAUUUGUUCAGACUUGAAUCUAUAGGAAAGGUUGUCCUUUGCUAAUUGAGAGGAGGAAUGGCAGACAUUUUAUUUCAGUGUAAUCAAAGGUGAAUCUCAGUGAUCCAUAUUUUGGAACAUUUAAACUGCUAUAAAUGAUUGUAAAAUGUUCAGUAGAUUCAUAUGUGUAUACAGUUUUAUCUGAAGGUUUAGGAUUUGAUUUUUGUUCUGUGUGUGCUUUUUCAUCAUAUUCUCCAUUUUCUGUACUCUCUCAACCAACUUUGCCAGUUCUAAAAGUUUCCCAGAUUUUAAAAAUGAUUUCUGUCACUGUUUGAAUGUUUAAAGGAGAAUCAGGUAAACAGUAUCUGCUUAAAUUAUGUUUGUUGUAAUUAAAUUAUGAACAUAGGUAGGGAGUGUUUAAAAAUGAAGUAUUGUUGAGGAUAUUUGGAUGUAAUAAAGAGAAAGAAACAGGAGGGUGAGAUGAUUACAUUAGUAGCUUUAUAAUUUAUAGUGUUUAUUGUGAUUAAAUCAUGGAGGGUAAGAUGAAUGAAUGUAACACACAUGGAUAAUGAGAAAGUCAUAACAGUUUUAUUUGUAAUUGUUAAGAGAAGAGGUCACUUGUCUCUUGGAAGGCCUAAGCAAACAUGAGAGGAUAAUAUCAAAAUAGAUAGUUGUUACAGAAAUAGGGUGUGAAUGUGGGGACUGGCUUAAGAUUGGACGUAGUGGAUGGUUUUUGUGAACAUGGUAAUGUGCUUUUGAGUUGCAUAAAGUAAAGGAGUUUUUGACCAGCUGAGUGACUGUCACCUCUUCAGGAAAGAUGUGCACUUUGGAGUUGGUUUAAUUAGUAAUUAAAUUGUAAUCUUAUUCUCUAUCUUUGAACUUUGUCCAGUUGUUGUGUGAUGGAUGCAGUAUUAAAUUACUAGUUACUGUAGGCUUUAGAGGUUUCUCAGAUUCGCACAGAUAAUUCUGACAUUCAUUGUAGACUGCUGCAAAUAUUUCAAUUAAGGAUGCAAGUACUGUACUAAAUGUAAACCGCAAAUGUUACUUUUGGCUGAUUCACAAGAAUGUGAUGUAUCUGUCUGUUCACUCCCAUAAUAACAUUUUUUGAUUUAAUAUUUUUAUUCCAUCAUAAAUUAACUGCAGAUAAUAAGACCAGGUAGGUGUUCUGUUUGCAGAGAACAUUAAAAUUACCAUGAGAAUGCAUGUGAGAAUGGCAAAGAAAUAAAUUGAUGAUACAUAACAAUUUUCAAAGAAUUGCCACAAUGAGCAUACAGUUUUGUAUGCAGAAAGACAUUUUGUAUCGGUUCAAAAUUUGCUGUAUAUUUGAUGCUCAUAAAAGCAGUUGUAACAUGCUAUGUAAUACAUAUAAAUGUGUAAAUUA